AUGAAAGUAGGCCCAAAGGUCAGUGACCUCGAAGUCUCUACGAUGAGACUUCAGGACAAAGAGAAUAUCCAUGACUCUGUUGACAAUAUGAUAGUAGUCAAACUUCCUUGCAGGCACAAGGAAUUCGAAGAAGUCUUAUCAAAAAUCAUAGUAGAUCAGAUGGAUAACUACAGUUUGCCGAAGUGUCCAAUUUGUUCUAAAGAAAUAUCUGAGGACACUAUAAUCUCUAAUGAUAUACUUUGUACCUCUGAUUUUGAGAGAUAUGUACGACUGAAGAAAUAUCUUGCAGCACUCAAAGAUCCUGAUUGACAAGUAUGACCAAAGGCUGAAUGUAAGUCCAAAGCUUAUGUUGGUGAUAUGUCUACCCUAGAGAUUAAAAAUGGGUAUUAUAAGCCCAGAAUCGUCCAAUGUGAAGAAGGUCAUAACUUCUGAGCUAUUUGCAAUUAUAAUCACCCAGUUGAAAUUUCUUGUCACGAAGCUAAACCUUGAACUCGGUUUUAUGAUGAACCUUUAACAUUAAGGUGUUCAAACUGUAAGCUUAUAAUACAGGACUGGUUGAUUCAUGGACCUUAUAACUUAAACUGAUUUUCUUGAGCUAGUAAAAUACAUACGCCAGAUAUGAUAAUGAUCAGCCCGCUUGGAUACUUGCUUCUUUAUUUGUUAUUACCAGUCUUAUAUCCAUAUAUAAUUCUUAAAUUCUUUGUCUGCAAGAAUGAUAGGAAUCCCUUAUGAGGGUUUAAAAGAGUUCGACCAGGAGCUAAAGAGAGUCAAGAGUGGUCAUUGGAAUGCUUACUUGUUGUCACUAUAGGGUUAAUAUUUUGUAUGAUUCUUAUGUUUAUCAUCUUCUGGGUAGCCAUGCCGAUCAUCCCAAUUGCUUACUGAGCGCUGGUUUUUAACUAUUGAAAACAACAGACAGUUGCUGAAAAAUUGAGGAAGGAUUUUUACUCAUAAUUCCUUAA